CGGUAAGAGAGAAAGCCGGAGGAAGCUCUGUGUCUGGAGGGGACCCGGCGCCAUCUCAGGUCUCUUUCCCUCGCUAGGGCCCACCACAGAAAACUGACGUCCAGGUCCUGUAAUCCUUAUGGGGGACCAACCUUGCACCUCCGGGAGAUCUACGCUCCCACCUGGAAACACGCGGGAAAUCAAGCCUCCGAAAAAGCGCUGCCUCCUAGCUCCACGGUGGGAUUAUCCGGAAGGGACCCCCAACGGAGGUAGUACCCCUCUCCCCUCCGCACCUCCUCCUGCAUCACCCGGCCUGAAGUCGCACCCUCCUCCUCCGGAGAAGUAGUAGACUAUACUUCUCCCACCCUAAAACAGGUAUUCAGGAAGCAACCUAGGAUGGACCCAGUCAUUCUGCCUGGUAGUAAUCAUGAACUUUCAGAGAGGAAAAGGGAAAUUUGGGUGAGCCUUAAAGGUCUUUGAGGGAUUGCAGUAUGACUCCAUUUUCUUGGUGCAUUCGUAACAUAGUUUAUUCAGUGAAGACAACGAAGAUUAUUGACAAUGCUACCCUGCUUUUCCUGUUGUCCUGCACUGGGAAGUUGUGAUUUUUAAGGUGUACCUCAUAGUGAUUGAUAUUUAUACACAUUCUGUAAUGAUCCCCCUGUAUUAUGAUAUAAUCAGUGUAGUACCAUCUCCUGAUUUGGAUGAAUUCUGGGACAUGACCAAGAUCAGGCUGUAGACCUCUAAGAUUGAAGAUGAUGGCCUGGAUCAUGGUGAACUCACCAAAGCAAAUAAUGCCUGUGAGAUGUCCCUGCAGCAGCCUAUCAGUGCUCUAUUUGGUGACACCCAGACCUUACUAUUUAACUUUGAAUUUCUAUAAGUCCAUUAUAGUCACAAUAAAUUUUGUCUCUCAUUGCUGUGUUAAUUUUGUAUGACUACUAUCUAGUAAAUUGUGACUUUUCAGUAAAUGUUU